AUGCCUCCACGCGCAUUACCCGCCGGGGUAAGCAGCGUGUUCAACUUGACGAGCCUCCUUCAGAGCUUGCCUGCGGCAUCACGGAAUCAAGUCUUCACAAAAUGUUCCACGUGCCUUUUUUCCACCACAGCCCCGUUGGAUGCGAAAAGAGCAAAGAAACGAAAAGUCAGGAAGCAUAAACACAUCGAUCCAUAUCGGGUAGCUCAGGCUCGACAAAGGAAGUCCGCAAAUCUAGCUCGACAAAAGGUGCUGGAAGAGGAACGAAGACUUGCUUUAGGCGAUCCCAUCAGAUCACGGCCAACGCCCUUCGUCAAUUCGCUCCGCGCUCGAGGGCCUCUUCAGACUCUAAAGGGAGAUUAUCUGAACUACUUUUUGAAAAAGGACGACGUGGACAAAUCAUUGGAGUAUUCACGAUGGCUUACCGAGCCUCUCCCACAAGAGAAUGCCAUCCCAGGACAAGCGGAAGAGUUCCAGAAGAAGAUACAGGAGCAUGUAGCUUCUCAUGAAAAUGCGUCCAAAGCUUUGUUGGCGAUCGCCGAUCUCGAAAAUUCUAGCAGCAAGGACAGACUUCGCAUCAACAUUCAAAGAUGCAUUGAAGAAUUUGGUCGACACAACACCGACUCGGUCAUACCACCUAAACCUCAAAGUCUGCAUUCAAAAGCACCGAGCACAUUGAAGCGGCGAGUUGGCGCUGAUACCGGCUCUCCUGAGGUCCAAAUAGCCAUCAUGACCGCCAAAAUCAAUGUGCUAGCAGAUAAUUUGCACCACAACGACAAGAACAAUAAACGAGGUCUACGACUGCUGGUUCACAAGAGACAGAAGCUGAUGGCUUAUCUGAGGCGGGAAGAUAGAGGAGGACCUCGGUGGCAAAACGUUGUCGACAAACUUGGCUUGAAUGAUGCCAUGUGGAAGGGCGAGAUCAGCUUGCCUUGA